AUGGCGGUCGUAGACCCGCGCCGGGUCCCGAGUCGGGACCACCAGCCGCGUCGCCACAGCCUCCCGGCGGGGGGCAAGUGGGCAGGCCGGCCGCGGGCCCCCGAAAGGGCCCCGAAGCGGGUCCCCGGGCGCCCGCCCCAGUCCCGGCGCAAGAAGCUCCAGGUGAUGGUGUGCGUGCUGCUGGUGGAGCUCUGCGAGAGGUUCACCUUCUUCGGGAUCGUCUGCAACAUGAUCCUCUUCUGCACCGUGAAGCUGGGCUACGACAACUACCAGGCGGCGACCGCUAACCUGGCGUUCGUGGGGGUGUGCACCCUCACCCCCGUGCUGGUGGGGUGGUUCGCCGAAACCUGCCUGGGGAGGACCAAGGUCCUGUGCCUCUGCAUUCUGCUGCACUUCUUCGGCACCGCCAUGCUGCCGGUGGUGGCGUUCACGUUCGAGGACUUCUACACGGACACGCACCACGUCACGCACACGCUGGCGCGGCGGGAGCGGCACGCGCUCUUCUACACGGGCCUGCUGGCGGCCGCGCUGGGCGCGGGGGGCAUCCGCGCCAUCCUCUGCCCGCUGGGGGCCUACAGCGUGCAGGGCUACGACCACCACCAGCUCUUCUCCUUCUUCAACUGGUUCUACUGGUUGGUGAAUCUGAACUCGACGGUGGUGUUUUUGGGGAUCGCCUACAUCCAGCAGUCUGUGGCCAAAAACCUGGGGCUCCUCAUCCCCUUCACCUCAGCCGUGCUGGGAAUGAUCGCCAUCCACAUGGUGCGGCAAAACCUCACCUUUCGCCCCAAGAAAGGCGGGUCCCUGCUCACCACGCUAGGCGUGUUCCUGUCCUCGCUGAAGAUGUGCUGCGUCAGGUACCGCUACCUGAGCGGGGAUGUGGUCAGCUGGCUGGACCGCGCCAAGGAGAACAACGGGGGACGCUACAGCGAGGCGCACGUGGAGAACGUGAAGAUCAUGUCCCGUCUGUUCCCUCUGUACGGCCUGCAGCUGCUGUACCGCACCUGCAUCGCCCAGAUCCCCUCCGGGUACUACCUCCAGGCCAUGAACUCCAACCUCAACCUGAACGGGUUCCUGCUGCCCAUCGGGGUGAUGAACGUGAUCAGCAUCCUGCCCCUGCUUGUGCUGUCGCCCCUGCUCCAGUGCAGCGCUGUGAGCGCACUGUCUCUCCACAAGAGCCCGCUGUCCCCCAACACGCUCAUAGUGGCGGGACACGCGUGUGCGGCUCUCUCGGUCUUGGCGGCUGGGCUGGCGGAGCUGCAGAGGAAGAGCUACCCGCUGGUGGAGCAGUCUCUGUCGGGCAAGGCCCUGCACGUCUCCUCCAUGGGCUGCUUCCAGCUCACCCCCCAGUACAUCCUGCUGGGCGUGGCCGAGGCGCUGGUCACCCCCGCAUGUUCCCUCCUCGCGUUCCGACUGGCCCCCGGCAGCGUGCGAGGGGUCUCCCUCAACCUGCUCGCCCUCUCGUACGGGGGCGGCUGCUUCCUUGGGGCGCUCGUUAUCCAGCUGGUCUACCUGCUCUCCGGAGGCAACUUUUACCCAGACAGUUUGAGUGAAGGAAACUUGGAGCGGUUCUUCUUCCUGCUCGCGACACUGAUGGCCGUCAACACGCUGGUGUUCUGGAGAAUAUCAUACAGGUACAGUGAUCUGAGUGUGGAGUUGGGGCAAGGUGGGAGGAGCCACCUAGCAGAGAAGCUGCUCCAGCACAAGAAGUGUCUGCGUUUCUACGACACCGUGGAGCGCUCCUACACGCUGGCCUCCAUAGAGACCCUCCUGUGACCCCGCCCACGCC